AAUUUCGCCUUCUCCGCACCUAAACAAUCAAAUGCAUAUUCCAUGAACUCGCCCUUGCAUUCACACACCAUUCCUCCCUCGUUCCCAUUUAAACAUGCAUCCACCUUGCGCAACCGACUUCAUCCUUCCGGCGAAUUUCAGCGCAUUCGUUUUCCAGGGGAUGCGGUAAACGGGGAUCAAUAAUAAAAUGAACCAGAGGGUAUUUGAGCGAAUUUGUCUUGCGUUAAACGCAUGCGUGUGUGUCGUGCCGUGCUGUGUGGUGUUCUUCCUGUGGUGGUAAUAAUAUUUACGAAUUAUGAAGAAGGCAUUUGUUGGUUUUUGAUAAAAUUGAAAUCUACGAAUCGUAGAUUUUGAGUUAUGAUCGGUGUUAAGUAAAGACGGAUGGAAUGCGUUUCAACUGAGGGUAGCAGGGACUGGAACACCGACGUUGAUUUUUGGAAACGGUAAUGUGGAGUGCAGUGGCGCCCGUCGACUUAGAAAGCCCAGCACCGUCAGCCCGAUCGAAACACAGUGCUACUUUGAUAGGGGAAAAUGUGUAUUUGCUAGGAGGCCGAAACGGGAAUUUACCGACCAAGGACUUCUGGAAGUAUAACAUGAUUAGCGGCAAGUGGAAUUUGCUUCAGCCGUGCGGCGACAAACUUCCUUCAUUGCAGGAACAUUCCGCAGUUGCUCAUAAAGACCGGAUUUAUGUGUUUGGUGGCGAAGUUGGGUUUUCCGCUGGAACUGAAACUCCUUUGUGGUGCUACGAUAUUAAAAAUAACAGCUGGAGAAAAAUACGCGCAAAAAAAGGUGUUGCUACUCCCAGAGGUCGCAGAGGCCACUCUGCUUUAGUCCAUCGUGAAACUAUGCUUGUUUAUGGCGGCUAUCAAGAUCUUCGAGGAUCCUGCAGCGAAUUAUGGGCUUUCCACUUCGAAACCGAAUCUUGGCAUUUACUCUCAACCUCGCCCCCCAAACCCACCAACAACAUGGACCUUUUGCCGCCACCUCGCCACAAGCACUCGGCCAUCAUCCACGACGAUUCCAUGUGGGUGUACGGCGGUAUGACCGACCUCCAAGAACGCGGCGACCUUUGGAGAUGGGACACCAUUUCCAAAAAAUGGAGCCUAAUUAAAAGCAAAAUUAACCCCGGGCCUUUACACAGUCACGCAGUUUGCAGGCUUCCAUCGUCCAUGCUCCUAUUCGGCGGUGAAAGAAACGGUCACCCGACGAACGAACUCUGGAAAUUCAACUUUAGUGUAGAAACAUGGGAAAAAAUUAGCGUGUCGGGAACGAAGCCGCAGCCCCGUUCCGAAAGCGUGGCCUUUGCCAUAUCUGAGUUGUCUUUGCACGAAUCGGUGAAUUAUUUAGACAAGACGAGAGUCCGUUCGAGGACGUGCAUUUCGGCGGAUCGUAGCAAUCGGCAUUCUUCGUAUCUUCCAAAUAACCGGGUGGCGCCAUGCGAGAAGACUUACAUUUUUCAACCGUCUCAAGCUAACUACACUGAUGGUAGUGAGUUGCAUCAGAUUGCAAGCGAAGAUAAACCGAUGCGGGGGUUUUUGCAAGAAAUAACGAAGAUAUCGCAGAUUUCUAGACUGAAUAGCAAGUGUAGCUAUACGGUGCUUGCCGGGUGUACCACUGAUAGUACGGAGAGUUUGCUGAAGCAACACGCCACUCCGCCAAAUUUUGAAGAAACCGACUCUGAUAUCACUCCAAGAAGCACCAUGGUGAAGUCUAAGUCAGCAUACGUGAUAAAAAAGAAGUACCAAAUUGAUAACGACGAGCAGAAGGAAGUCGAGAGGAGGAGGAACGACUUGACGAAAAAAAUCACACGAGAGCCUAUCUCAGUACCUAAUUUUUCUGCUUUGACGUUACCAACUCCGGCUUUGACACCAGUAGAAGCCACGAAGUUAGUUUAUUUGGACACGGAUGACGAAAACGAAAUUAUGAAUGAUAGUUACCCAAAUGACACUAUUCAAGUUGGUAAAAGGGCAAGUUUGAGCUUCAACAACCCUCCGAAACGAGGCGAAAGUUACAACUCUCAUUUGGGCUACGCCGAUAACCCUCUCUACCAACACAUGAUGAAGCUGCAGAACGAACAAGAAAACGUGUCUUCGACGUCGGAUUACGCUAGCAUCGAAACCAUGAAUCGGCUAUCCUCUGCGAGCAAUUAUAGUGUCAAGACCAACCACGACGAAAACCAGAAAAAUAGGGAGAAGGAUGGUCCGUUUGGGUUUUGCAACCCGAAUUACAUGGGUCCUGAUAUUAAACACGUUGCUAAAUUGCUGACGCAUCAAAGUUCUUUGGGGGUUCAAAGCUCGGAGGAAGAUCUUCUCGAACUGCAAGAGUACAACGGGGUUAUUAAUAGAAAUACCAAAGUUCUUUAUAGGAGUUCGCUGCGUAAUCAUCCUUCCAACUUUCCAGCCUUAGAUAAUGUACGUCCAAAAGAUUCCAAAAGAAGAGCACACAGCGCUGGUAGAGCGGAACGAAUCCGAGUGGAAAAAACCAUGUCCGACGAAACAGAUUUCGACCGAAUCCUAGACUACGUUCCUCUGUAUGUCUAUAUCAUAGGCGGGAAAGAGCACGGGCAGGUCACGAUUUUUCAAAGACCUAUCUCGAUAUGGAAACUCAAGUUGUUCUAAUCCAGACGUUCAGGAAAAUGUGCCAAAUUCCUUAGAAGCGUAGACUUAUGUAUCAUUAAAUUAAUUCGUUUAGAAAAUUGUAAAAGAAAAAAUCACAUUAGUUUCUUAAAAAAUUGGAUCAACUCUUUAACUUUAGUUAGUUUCAGACGGAGUUGCCAAUUUAGUUAGAAAAUUAGUUAGAUUUUCUACAUUUUUAAUAGUUUGUUUCGGUAGUUUAGAACUACGAUAUGAAUUUGACAAAUUCGUCCAAGUAAUACGUUGUGAUCUACAUUCGGAACAAUAAUAUUUACUAUUUUCGGACGAAGCCUUUUAGAUUUAGAAAAAGUGCAAUAUAUUUUGAACAAAAACUUAUAAUGUAGGCGACCGAAUUUUACAAGUUUAUGUUGUAUACCCUGUCGUGUUUUGUUUGGAAAGUACAUCGUUGUUGAAACUGUUCUUUGUAAAGUCCAACUUUAAGUAAAAUUUG